CCUCUUCUCGGCCAGUCCGCGCGCCGGCGGAGGACAGCGAAGUUGGCGCGCGGCAGCCUCUGUCCCCGGAGAGCCAUUGCGGAGGGCAGUGCGCGCGCGCUCCCUCUUGGCCUCCCCCUUCAUCCUCUCAGUCGGAGGCGGCUUUGGAGAGACAAGGGGGCUCCCGCUGAGGGACAACAAAAAGACCCCGUUUUCCUGGGCCUUGCAGCGCACUCCCUUUCCCCCUCAGAGCCCGGGACGGUCCCACUUCGCCUCAGCGAUAGAGAGAGAGGCAACUGUGGUGCCGGCACAGGUUCCCUGGCUGCCCUUUGCGUUUGGAAUAUUUUCAACUUUCUCCUCCUGCUGAAGUGCCACUGUGAUUUGGAAGCCUUUCUCAGCAUGACAGGUUGCGCCACCGAACCGUCUCGGUCCUGCUUGUCUUCCAUUUGAAGCAAGCCUUUGCGAGACCAUGGGGGGCAACCUGGGCUGCCACCGCUCCAUCCCCAGGGACCCCUCGGACCUCUGCCACAGCCGCAAGUUCAGCGCGGCCUGCAACUUCAGCCACAUCCUGGUGAACCAGGAGCGGCUCAACAUCAACACGGCCACUGAGGAGGAGCUCAUGACGCUGCCCGGAGUCACCCGCACCGUGGCCCAGAGCAUCGUGGAGUACCGGGAGUACAUUGGGGGCUUCAAGAAAGUAGAGGACCUGGCCUUGGUGAGCGGCAUCGGGGCGGCCAAGCUGGAGCAGGUCAAGUUCGAGAUCUGCGUAAGCAGCAAAGGCAGCUCGGCCCAGCAUUCGCCCAGCUCUUUGAGGAAGGAUCAGAAUCCGGACCACCUGUCAGCUGCGAAGAUCAACAUCAACACGGCCACCCCGGCUCAGCUCAUGAGCAUCCGAGGCAUCACCGAGAAGAUCGCCCAUGGCAUCGUCGAGUACCGCAAGGAGCACGGGCCCUUCAAAAGCAUUGAGGACCUGGUCAAGAUGGACUGCAUCAACUCUUCGUUUCUGGACAGGAUCCGGCACCAGAUCUUUGCCGAGCGGUCCAGGCCGCCUUCAACGCACACCAACGGUGGCCUCAAUUUCGUGGUCAAGCCUCACCCGAGCCCCACCUCGCUCAGCUUGCAGAGUGAGGAUUUGGAUUUCCCUCCAGGAGGACCCACACAGAUCAUCUCCACGCGGCCCACGGUGGAAAUGUUUGGAGGGCUGAGAGACGGUAAGGCCGUCCUGAGAGUGGCCACAUGGAACCUGCAAAACUGCUCUGUGGAGAAAGCGAACAAUCCCGGUGUGCGGGAGGUUGUGUGCAUGACCCUGCUGGAGAACAGCAUCAAGCUUUUGGCCGUGCAAGAGUUGGUUGACAGAGAUGCACUGGAAAAGUUUUGCAUAGAAUUAAACCAGCCAACUCUGCCAAACAUCCGCAAAUGGAAAGGAUCCCGAGGAAGCUGGAAGUGUGUGGUUUCAGAGAACACCUCAAGCCAUCCACAGAAGAGUGUGGAAUAUUCUGGUUUCUUGUGGGACACAACUGCAGGGAUAGAGUUGAAGGACAUUGCCUCCCAGGAGAAUGCACAAACAAAUGGAAAUGGCCGGCACCCAUAUACUGAACCUUAUAUUGCACACUUCAAGGUUGGAAUGAAUGACCUAACCCUAGUGAAUCUUCAUCUGGUCCCACUACCCUCAGUGGGAGACAAUGCUGUAAAGAACCAUAAUAGCCACAAAUCAGCAGCAUUUGCACAUACUCUGCAGGAAACACUAAAAGGAGAAAAAGAUGUGAUCAUCUUAGGAGACUUUGGUCAAGCACCAGACUGUAGCGAACAUGAUGUGUUGAGGAAAGAAAAAUUCCAUCAUCUGGUUCCUGUCACUACAUUUACGAACAUCAGCACAAAGAACCCUCAGGGUUCUAAGUCUUUGGAUAACAUCUGGAUCAGCCGUAGUUUGAAAAAGGUUUUUACUGGUCACUGGGCAGUUGUAAGAGAAGGCCUUACAAAUCCCUGGAUCCCUGAUAACUGGUCAUGGGGUGGAGUAGCAUCAAGCCAUUGCCCAGUGUUAGCUGAAUUUUACACAGAGAAGGACUGGAGUAAGAAGGAUGCAACUCGAAAUGGAGUGAUAGUGGAAAAUAGCGAUUUGAACAUUAAACACGAACGAUGAUGAGAGAAAAUACAAACUUCCAUUCCCUUUCCCAGAAGGGAUAGUCAGAAGAUCGCUUUGCUCAAGGCCUGAUGAUGAACCAGAACUGCCUUUUUCUCAUUUAAAAAGAUCAGCUUAUGCUUUUAACACCGCCCCUUCCCGCCCUACCUCUGUACCCUUUUAUGGAUGUUUUAGGGUAUCCUAUACCCAUGAGUGAUUCAUGACUUUUUAUGGAGUCAUGGUCAACACAUCUAUGCUUGAAUACCUGGAUAACUUCAAAUAAAAUGCACUUUUUAAUACUGUA